AUGGCCAAACCUCAGUCCCUCAACCCGCGGUCCCUUCAGACUCGCCUCUCCCACAUCCUUCAGCACUGGCCCAAAGAUGCGGUGCGACCGGCUUCAGUCUCCGUGCAGACGUACAUUCAACGCCAGCUCGGCGAGAAUCAGACCCCCAACACACCCUCUCAAUCCCAAUCCACAUCCGAGGGUGCACCCAAAGCCAUUCCUCCAAUUUCCGAGUCCUCUGUGAACGCUCUGUCCGCACUAUUGGAAAAUCGCUUUGCCAACAAAUUUCCGCUGUCGCAGAAGAUUCGCUAUCCGGCGAGUGACCCAGAGUAUUAUGACAACUUGAUUCGGGAAUUCGAAGAGGCGCCAAACCGAGACUGGUUUGGCCGGUUGCGCAAGCGACUAGGGGGUUUGUUGCGACUGCAAUGA